AUGUCCAGUGGAUGCAGUAUCAGAGCUAUAUGGAUUCUCAACAACCUCGACGCCGUCGUUUUCUCCAGGAAGUUUCCGGUGGUGGAGAAGCGUUGGCGAGCUGCUUGCAACGCGGACAAUGACAUCGAUCAACUCUUCGCUUCCUUACCCACUCACUCUGACCUCGCUGAUGCCUUUCUUGACCGAAAGCAUAGGGAAGGAUCUGCGCGAGGAUUUGGGAUACGCAAGAGUAAUUCGACUCUGGGAUCAGAUUCUUGGGUGGAUGAUCCCAUUACUCGUCAUAUUGUCGGUCUUUUCAUUAACAAAGAAGAGGAGGACAUUAAGAAUCUUUUAUGGCCUUUAAUCUUGCACACAAAGGGCCUUUACAGUAUACUUGUUCUGCCAUUGGUUGAGCCUAGGCAUUUAGUGGCAUAUGCGAGAUUGUGUAAAAGAUCUGAUUGUGGAACUGCUCUUGGCAUGGAUGAUGGCUUGUCUUCCCUCUUGUUGGAUCUUCCAUCAGUAACAGGGGCUUUUAUGGUAGCACAUGCGAUCGGUGACAUAAUUACUGGAGACACAGUAGAACCGGAAGUGAUUGUAAGUGCAGCUCCCUCUGUUGGAGGGUUGUUUGAUUCACUCACUGGUAGUAUAGGCAUCUCUUCCAGGGCAAAACCUGUAAAUCCACCUGUUGCUUCUUCCUCCCCUUCAAGUACAGCUGUACCAGGAUCAGUUACAGCAGAUGCUCCAAAAAUUGGGUCUAGGCCAUUGGAUAAAGAUGCACUUAGAACAUUUAUCAGUAGUUCAAUGCCCUUUGGUACGCCCUUGGACCUUAAUUAUUCCAAUAUUUUUACUAUAAAGGCCAAUGGCUUUUCUGCAACAGAUUUGCCUCCUCCAGACCAGAAGCAGCCAGCUUGGAAACCAUAUUUAUACAAAGGAAAGCAGAGAAUAAUGUUUACUAUUCAUGAGACUAUUCAUGCAGCUCUGUACGACAGAGAUGAAAUUCCAGAUACUAUAUCAGUUUCUGGUCAAAUAAAUUGUCGAGCUGAAUUGGAAGGGUUGCCAGAUGUGUCAUUUCCCUUGGCAGGAUUGAACGCAGCAAACCUUGAAGUUUUAUCAUAUCAUCCUUGUGCUCAAGUUUCAGAUCAAGGUUUGGAUAAGCAAGGUGUGAUGUUUUCUCCACCGUUGGGUAAUUUUGUGUUGAUGCGUUAUCAGGCAACUUGUGCCCUUGGACCCCCCAUAAACGGAUUUUAUCAGUUGUCAAUGGUUUCUGAGGAUAAAGGUGCAUUUCUAUUUAAGUUACAUUUAAUGGAAGGAUAUAAGUCCCCCUUGAACAUGGAGUUCUGUACUGUGACUAUGCCCUUUCCUAGGAGGAGGAUUUUGUCUUUGGAUGGGACUCCUUCUGUGGGAACAGUUUCAACUUCAGAGCACUCUGUUGAAUGGAAAAUUGUGACAAGUGGCCGAGGACUGACUGGAAGAAGUAUUGAAGUGACUUUCCCUGGAACAGUCAAGUUUGCACCAUGGCAAAACCAAAGGUUGUCUUCUUCCUCUAGGUCAUCCUUUGGAAUCAAUGCUGACGAGGAUAGUGAUAAUGAGGCAGAGAAUGCCAGUAACAUGGUUAAUGAAGAACAUUUGAUGGAGAAAAUGAACAAGGAUCUUCCUCCAGUUGAUUUAGAGGAGCCAUUUUGCUGGCAGGCAUACAAUUAUGCUAAAGUAUCAUUCAAGGUUGUUGGGGCAUCAGUCUCUGGAAUUGCCGUUGAUCCUAAAUCUGUGAGCAUCUAUCCAGCUGUAAAAGCACCUAUCGAGUUUUCAACUCAGGUUACUUCUGGGGACUAUAUUCUGUGGAAUACUCUUGGUAAGUGUCCACAUGUAGCCACAAUAAAAAGGAGUAACCGUGAAGAUAACGCUGACGAGUUCUUCAAUUUGAUUUCAGCUGACGAGGACCUUUUUAUCAUCCACCCCUCUAUUCGCUCGCUCUCCACGUCUUUAGGAACAGAGAAAAAUAAAGCUGUGAAAAAGAAUGAAAAUACAUUUUACACCUUCCACCCGCUCAUCUCCUCUAUUUCUCCACCAAUUAAAGGUUCAAACAAAAUUGAUCAGAACACAUCUCUCUUCAUUUCCUUGACUACA